GUCGUCAAAGAAAAAAAUCCUCCUUAUAUAUACAUGCCCCUGUGUGCCCGAGCUUCAAAGCAAGCACUUUAGGUUCUUUCUUUCUUUCUGCCAAUCAAUUUCUUUUGAGGUAUCUAAGGCUGGUAGACAGGUUAAGAUUUAGAUUGGAUUGAUGGGUUUUCAUCAAACCUCUUCAAUUUCUUUCUCAGCUACAAAAUGGCUAGGCUUUGUGACUGCCGUUUGGGUCCAAGCUAUUUCAGGCAACAACUACACCUUCUCAAACUAUUCUGAUGCGCUUAAAUCUCUAAUGAACUUGACCCAACUUGAACUCAACAAUUUAUCUGUUGCUAAAGAUGUUGGCAAGGCCUUUGGUUUGCUUGCUGGUCUUGCUUCUGAUCGUUUGCCUACUCCUGUUAUUCUUCUUAUUGGUUCAAUUGAAGGUCUUAUUGGUUAUGGUACUCAAUGGCUUGUUGUUAGUGGGAGAAUUCAACCUCUCCCUUAUUGGCAGAUGUGCAUCUUCCUAUGUCUAGGAGGAAACAGCACUACAUGGAUGAACACGGCGGUUUUAGUAACCUGCAUCCGCAACUUCCGCCGCAACCGUGGCCCUGUCUCUGGAAUCUUGAAGGGCUAUGUUGGUCUAAGCACUGCUAUAUUCACCGACCUGUGUGCAGCUCUAUUUGCAGAUGACCCUGCAAAGUUUCUCAUAAUGCUUUCCGUCAUCCCCUUUGCUGUCUGUCUCACCGCCAUCGUUUUCCUCCGAGAAACCCCACCUGCCGCUACUAUAGAGGAAGAAAAAGAAGAAAGCAAAUACUUCAAUAUCUUCAACGCUGUUGCUGUUAUUGUGGCUGUUUAUUUAAUGGCUUACGGUUUUAUUCCAAAUCCUAGCCAUGCUAUUUCAUUGGCGUUCUCGGUUAUAUUGCUCGUUCUUUUAGCUUCUCCAUUAGCAGCUCCAGUUCAUGCUUUUAUUAAAAGCUGGACUUUGAACCGGUUCAAGAACCAAGCGGAUGUUGAAAGGCAAAUUCAAGAACCUUUAUUGAUAGAAAAGAAAACCCAGGAGGAGAUUCAAGAAAAGCCCGCUGAAGAGUCUGCUUCAGCAGUGGUGGAGCAACCGCACGCUUUAGAGGAGGAGAAGGCAGCUGUGGAGGUAAAGAGGAGGCCGGUGAUUGGAGAGGAUCAUACACUUUUUGAGGCAAUGUGGACCGUUGAUUUUUGGAUUCUGUUCUUGUCUUUCCUUUGUGGGGUUGGCACAGGUUUGGCUGUGAUGAACAAUAUGGGACAGAUUGGCUUGGCUCUCGGAUAUGCUGACGUUUCUCUUUUCAUUUCCUUGACAAGUAUCUGGGGAUUCUUUGGAAGGAUUGUUUCUGGCUCGGUGUCUGAGUACUACAUCAAGAAAGCUGGAAUACCAAGGCCUCUUUGGAAUGCAGCAUCUCAGAUUUUAAUGGCUGUUGGCUACAUCCUCAUGGCUGUGGCUUUGCCUGGGUCGCUAUACGUCGGUUCGAUAGUCGUUGGUAUCUGCUACGGAGUUCGUUUAGCUGUCUCAGUCCCGACAGCCUCCGAACUAUUUGGUCUCAAGUAUUUUGGUCUGAUAUACAACAUCUUAAUCCUCAAUCUUCCUCUGGGCUCCUUCCUAUUUUCUGGUCUGCUUGCUGGAUUUUUAUACGACGCAGAAGCUACCCCAGCACCAGGAGGUGGCAAUACUUGUGUUGGUGCCCAUUGUUAUAGACUUGUUUUCAUCAUCAUGGCCAUUGCAUGUGUCAUUGGGUUUGGUUUGGAUGUUCUUCUGGGAAUCAGAACAAAGAAGAUUUAUAACAGGAUCUACAUGAGCAGAAGAUCAAAGAAAUUGGCUGCAGCAUCCAAUCUGCAAUGAUAUGAAAUUACUUGGAGCUGCGAGAUAAAAAAUAAAAAAUAUAUAUGGUGGGAUUGAAGGGCUUCUGCCCAAUGACAUCCAAAGUUCAUCAUCUGUUGGUCAAUUUAUUUUUGGUUAAAAAGUAAAUUGCACAAUCGAAUUUUCCAAUAUGGUCUGAUUUGUAUUCUAAGUAGACGGUGUGCAAGCAAUUUUGUUCAAGAUUGUAAUUUCAUUUUUUCCCAUGUUAAUCAAUCAUGAUUAUUAUUACAUGGA